AUAUCUAUAAUAUAGACGCGAAAAAGCUUGAGCCGCGAUAUACGCAAGUAUAAUAUACGCGUCUCUCGCUUUCUUUAUAUUUCAAUUAUAUAUAGGGAUGAGUAUUUUUCAAUUUUUCACUGUCAAUUUGCGGGAUGCCAAUUCAUACAAUACAUACAAUAUUAUCUUUUGGCUCGAAUCUAUUGAAUAUAACCGAGGGGUCGUUGACGGAGAGUUGAACCGCACACCGCGCACCGCACACGCAACUGAUGUAUCAUAUAGCAGGGCGGUGUGUAUGCAUAUAUAAAUUGAUGAUAAGCCGCGUCAAACGUCAAAACGAAGUAUAUAUCGAAAGACGCGUCGAGCGAGGAUAUCCAUAUUCGAUGGCGCGUCCUUGGAGUCGUUGCUGGUAUACCGUAGACUCUCGUAAGCAAGCAUUUUCGUGUAUCGCUCGGAUAUAUUGCGAGGUUCCCGGCGAUCGGUUCCGCGACGAGAGGGCGUUUCUUCCUGCAAAUAUAAGUUGUAUGCCCCGUAUAGUAGGGCCUGUGGCGCGGCUAGCAACCGAUUCCACCUUGGGGGAUAAGCUAUAAGAACCUCGGGACUCGUACUCCGGGGCUCAGUCUUCCGCUCGGAUUGCGUAUACACCGGAGUCAGCGUCAUUGUUUUACUUAGUGUACUUGUUAGGGAGACGCGCGCGCGCGCGCUCGCUAGCGUUAUCAACACCCAUAUAAUUAUAAUAUUCCUACGAUUCGAGCCGAUCGAAAAUCAACGGUUUCAACAACGUUAUCGCAUUUUUUUUGCACACUCUCUCGCGUUUAAUCGACUUUUAAUUGGGCAAGAUCGCGCGCGCUUUUACCUUCGCGGUCUUGUAUAUGAUACCGUUGAGAGUAUAUAUAACGCUUAUUGUGGAACGAGGAGCUGGUCGCGAGUUUCUGUCCCGCUACCUGUCCCGGGAUUCGUCGGUAUAAAUACCACUGGAGUAAUCCAGCCGGACGCCAUUACGAAGCUCGCAUCGAUACUGGAUUUCCGAUCGAUCGCGGGCGCAUCGAUCGAGAACGCUAUACAAUCCUUUUGUUAAAAAAUAUUCACCCGUAAUGGAUAAUAAGGGAUCACUGAUCCGCGAGAUGGCCAAGGCCAAGAUCAACGAACGUCAUCGUGACGAACCGAUCAUGGGAUUCGUUACCGAUCCACCGAAAAACACUAGAUACUCGUUGGCGGACGGGAUUGCCGAGAACGAGACAACCGGAAUGGAUUAUAACAUUCAACUUACUUGCAAAGAGGACAAACCAAGGGUCCUCAAGUUCUUGAGACGCUUUUUCUUCCGUGACGAGCCCCUUAAUCACAGUAUCGAGCUCAUACCGGAAGGCGAAGACAGUACGUGCCUCGAACUCGAGGAGUACAGCCUUUCGGCCCUUAUGGAUAAUCUUAGCUUGAUGGCGGUCUCCUCGAACGGUUCGAUCAUCGGUGUUCAACUCAACGGUAAAAUGGAAGCAGCACCGGAUGAGGGCGAGCCCGAAUACAUAACCAAUUGCAAGAAUCCAAAAUUCCGAAAAAUUUUAAGGCUGCUUCAUCACGUCGACAAAAAAGUUGACAUCCCCUCGAGAUAUCCGAAAAAAAAGGUUCUUGAAAUAAGGAUCAUAUCGGUUGACAGUAACUGGCGCGGACAAGGAGUAGCCGGAGCUCUCAUCGAAAAAACCAUAGAAAUUGCCCGCGAGUUGGGUUUUCACUUGAUCCGAUCGGAUUGCACGUCUCUGUUUUCCGGCAAACUUUGCAAGAGAUACGGUUUCGAACCGGUUUAUGAGCUCAGAUACGCGGACUACGUCGAUGAAAAUGGUAAACCGAUAUUCACACCGGCCAAACCCCACGACGCCGUUAUGACUUACGUCAAAUUAUUGAACGAGGAAUCGAACGAGAAUUAACAAGGAGAGAAUCCGCGUGGGGGGGGGGGGGGGGACUUGGAUUUUUCCAGCCGGUCUUCGUGCAUUCUGUCCAACGAAUGAACCAAUCAAGAAAGGAACAACAACCGAAACGGGGCAAAAUCCAUAUAUAAUUAUAUUUGUACACCGCAAAUUCCCGCUGCUGCUCCCGCGGCUAUUUGUAAAAAAUACACUGGCGCUGUUAUACGUACGAAAAUAUAUUUCUAUCGAUAUUUAUGGUAA